AUGGAAUCCACUUUUUCCGACUUCUUUUCCCGCACAAAUGCAGCUAUUCAGCCUCCACGCGACUGGCGGCAGAUGCCCGACGUCCCUGAUGCAGAAGAAUUUAUGAGCAGCGAGCCCCCCAGGCUCCCAUUGAACGACUUUGAAGCCCGGCCCCAGUUACGAGACCAGUUUCUUGAGACUCAGUAUCGUCUAUAUCGAUAUGAAGCCACCGAGACCUUAAGACGGGCCAUACAAACGCUGCGAACGGCUCGCAAGUACCAAUCGAUCCCGAACGAGCAAGAGGGCAGUACAGCCCAUAAACUGGAGAGAGUCAGCGUCUACACUGAAGUUCGUGUUGUCGGCUUUGCCCUUGGACCAAGUACAGCUGGCCAACGACUCAUCGUACCGAAUGCUCCAGUCCAAGACGAGGAUGACGACGAUGAUGUCUCUCCUGACGAAAUGGAGCUAUUCUGCCCGGGGACCUUGCUUGUGCUGUCUAGCGACUGCUUCGAGACCACAUGCUAUGUUGCUACUGUUCUAGAAAACGAGGGAUUGCGCGAUGUCCCACCAAGCAUUGAUAUCUGUUGGGGGAAGCAAGAUUACGUCGUGUUAGAUCCGAUGCUUAAUCUAGUAAUGCUCGAGUCAACGAGUGGAUAUUUUGAGUCUCUUAGGCACACCAUGGUGGGAUUGCAACACAUGUCUGAGACCAGUUGUCUCCUGGACCAGUACAUAUUCUCACCACGCCCGCACUCUGUACCAGAUGUUCCCUAUCUCAAAGAAACCCCAGAUGGAAACCCGGUCAUCCCAAAGACCGCGAGAGGCCUUGACAAGUCGCAGCAUAAUGCCUUUACAGAGGCAACAACACGAGAGAUUUCUAUUAUCCAGGGACCUCCAGGAACCGGCAAAACUUUUACUUCCAAUGUCAUCUUGCAGAGCUUAGUCGAAACACAGCUUCAGUGCCGCGAGGCGCGUAUUAAGCCUGGACCUAGAAUACCAGUUAUUGUGUGUGCUCAAACGAACCACGCCUUGGAUCAACUACUCCAGAAAUACGUGGAGACCCCGGGGUCUGGAAAAGUUGUUCGUCUUGGCGGGCGCAGUAAUAAUGAGGUUAUUGCAAAGCUCACGAUACCGAACUUACGGAGGACACAUAGCCCUGCCAGUUAUCGACCACAGCCAGCUGGAAAGGCAGCAUCGAUUGCUGGGCGGGCUGUCGGUGCAAUCCGCAGGGCCAUUGUACCAAGUGACGACAUAGCAAACGCCAAAGAACUCUUUGACCAUGAUCUUAUUUCGGAGGAUCAGUACUACUCAAUCACCAAUGACGGUUGGGAGUCGAAUGAAGAUGGUAAAUGUGAUUUAGCGGAUUGGCUUGGCAAGCCUCAAGGUAAGCUUGAAGACAGCUGCACACGCCGGGAUGACGAGGUCGAACGGGGGCUCGAGCGGGGGCCUCGUCGGCGAGAAUCGAGAGUCCGUUUUAUUCCUUUACCAACAUUAUCGGAUAGGUCGGCCAGCUCUGUUUCCCAAGACCUCGCCAGUCAUCUACUGGCAAGCUCACGCAAUUUAUACAGCAUCAGACCCGAGGAUCGACAAGUCAUCUACAAUUACUUAAGAGAGAGGCUUCAUGCUAUGAAAAGCCCCUCAAUUGCAGAUGUUAUUCAGUCCUACAAUGGAGCCCGAGCGUCAAUUCAGAGCAUCAAGGUACAUAAUGACCUCGCCUAUAUACAGGCGGACGAAAUCGAUGUGGUUGGAUGUACUGUCACCGGGUUGAUGAAAUACCGACACCUCAUCUCUGACCUUAGACCUCAAAUCUUGCUUAUGGAAGAAGCGGCAGAGGUCCGCGAAGGCGACACAAUUGCAUGUCUCUUGCCCUCUAUAGAGCAUCUUAUUCUCCUCGGCGAUCACCAGCAACUCCAGCCACACGUCGAUAUGAUGGAGCUAGCCAGUGAUCCCUACCGCCUUAACAUCUCCAUGUUUGAACGACUCAUUAAACUUGGAAUCCCACACAAGACCUUGCUUCAACAACGCCGCAUGAUACCAUGCCUGAGAGAAAUCGUGCAACUCUUUUAUCCAAAAUUAGUCGACCACACGCCCACCAUCUCGAAACUGCCACUCCAUGUCUCUGGUGUCAUUAAGCCACUAUGGUGGUUCCAACAUGACUGGCCAGAAGAACCUGGGUUUUGCAACGGCAGCUCGUUACAGAACUUUACAGAGGCGCAGAUGAUUGUACGAUUUGCUCAAUAUCUGGUCACGCUGCGAAACAUCCCGCCAGAGCGCAUUACCAUGCUCACGUACUACAGAGGCCAGGUUGACUUGCUCAACAAGCAACUGGCUGCCAACCAACGACUCGCAUCACUGGAGAUAAAGUGGUCGGUACGAACUGUAGAUGGUUUUCAAGGAGAGGAGAAUGACAUCAUCUUACUCUCUCUAGUCCGCGGACCCAAUGGAAAAGCGGGUUUCUUGACACAAGAGAACCGCGCCAUUGUUGGGUUAAGCCGUGCAAAAGUGGGCAUGUACAUCUUUGGGCAUCAAAAUGCUCUUCUGAAACAUCCUCGCCGGACUUGGUCCAAGGUUAUACGACAGAUUGGGGAAAACCAAAGUCGGGCAUUGCCCCUAUGUCCCGGCCCAGACGCAGACAAGGUGGUUCAAGUUGACCAUCCAGAUCAAUUUAAACGAAUACUACGAAAUGCAAGGCAUAAGUUGCCAAGAAAUGGAAGCCGAGGCGGAAGCUCUUCUGGUGGCUCAGAUACGGGAACCCAGCCUGAAGGGCCUGGGGCUCGCAGUGUCGAAAGCCCUUCAAAGAGCCAGACCCCAGGGAUCAAAGCUCCCGAAAGCAGCCCGAGCCAAGAUGCACCAAGCCGCCAAGGGAGGUUGGGAUCCUGGACCGCCAAUCUCCCAAGCCUGCCGCCAGAAAGGCCGGUAGACGCAACAGAGUCCCCGGCUUCCGAUUUGGAGCUGUUGUCAUUCGAAGAUUCGGAAACAAUCCCCAUCUCGCAGCAGCUGGCGUGGGAUGUCACGCCGCUGCAGCCAGCUACAGAAGAAGUGGAGGAGGAAUGGCUGAUAGAGUUUUCAGAGGACGAGGCGAAAGGGGACAGAUGA